AUGAAAACAAUCAGAACAUGUUUAGCCUUUCUACUAAUUCUCCACGUCCACGUGCAGCUCUGUACCUCAUAUUGUGACACCUUCUACCUAGAUAACCGAAUUAACUAUUCAUCCCAUGGGAAAUGGAGCCCCUUACAUAAAAAAAUGUAUGACAUAAUUAACAUGUACAGAAAGACAAGUGAUAACAAUGCAAAGCUGAAAAAAGGCUUGCUAUAUGUGAAGAAAGAAAUUCUCAAUGAGGGAGAAAAACUGCCGGAUGUUAAUAAAUCGAUGGAAUCAGAGACACAAGGAGAUUUCAAGACCAGUGUAAAAAACAAAUCAAAGAAUGAAAAAUCAGAAAUUGAAGAAAUUUUGAAGAAAAGUGAAAAUGUAAUAAUGGAACGUUCCUUUUCUUUUGACAAACGUGACAUAACUAUUAAGCCGGAACUUCUGAAAGAUCUGAUUACGCAAAAAUAUAGAAAGCUCUUUCAAAGACACCCAAAGGACUGUGGGAGUAGCGAAAUACAAAUUAUCAUUCUGACCUUCAAAAUAUUUUUCCUCACGGAACACAUGAAGAGGAAUAAAAAGGAUUAUGCUUGCCUGAGAGGACUCUUCAAAUGUGUAAAUAAAAGAAGAAAACUGCUAAUAUAUCUUGGGAAGAAAAAUCGGGAUGUAUUUAACAAAGUUACAGAUUUUUUCAAAAUAAAAAAACCACUGUUGCCAGGCACAGCAGAAUAUUACAAUAAAGAUCUCAAGUAUGUGCAUUUCAAAAACACGAAAAGGUUUAAAAAUAAUGCAGAACGGAAAAUAAAAGUCAAUACAAAAAAUAGAAAAGUUCAAACGGAUAAAAUUCUGUUUGGAGAAUAA